CCGGCCACCUGAAUUAAAACCAGGUGAUGAAUAUCUGGUUGACCAUUCGAUUUUCUUUUAUCUUAUGGAUCCAAAUGGAGAAUUUGUUGAUUGUUAUGGAAAGAAUACUACUGCCGAGGAAGUUACUGAAAGU